AUGUUAUUUCGACAGUACAUUAAAAUUGCGCGUGCUUCAAAAUCGCUGUUGCACAAUAAUUAUGUGCUGGAUAGAAAACAUUUAUUAAGUUCUGGUUUAUAUAAUUCUUGUAAUCAUCGAACGACUAGACCGAUAUCAUUGAAUUCACAAUUGAGAUAUGCUGAAAAAAUUUUAGAUGUACGAAAUUCGCCUAAAUUAUCUCAAGACCCAUUAGAAGAUAAAAUUCAACAAAAAGCGGCAGUGUCCUCAGAGGAAGUACUUGAAAAAUAUAUUGCAGCACUAAAUACAGACAUAUUCCAAAAGAAUAGAGUAUAUAAAAAUGAUCUAGUAAGAGUACUAACUAAAGUGAAAGAAUUGAACUUUUCAACGAAGAAGCAAGGCUUACUAUUAAUUCGAUGCUGCAGUGAUUUGUUGCCUGAUGAAUCUGCGUCGAACAGGAUGCAGUUGGUUGAAGAAGUGUGGACUACAAUCCAGGCCCACACAAAGUUUGAGGUGGAACAUUACAAUGAACUCCUCAAGGUAUACAUAGCCAACAACAGGACUAUCACAGUCAGCAGUUUUAUCAAUCAGAUGAAACGAGUAAAACCCACUAUGACAACAUAUGAACUGAUUAUAAGAGCUCUCGGAGAGGCUGGUGAUAUAAACCAAGCUACAGAGGUGAUAUCCAACAUGAAGGCUCAAGGACUUCCGGCUACUGAGAGUAUAUUCAAUUCUCUUAUUGUCUGUCAAGGAAAGGCAGGUAACAUCCAGAACAUAAAAGAAGUCCUGACUAUGAUGAAGUCGCUUAAUGUUAAUCCAUCAAUAGACACAUACACAGCUACUGCUAGAGCUCUAGCGUGUAACAAGCAGACCGGUCCUGUUUUAGAAGAAAUGGAUGCCGCAGUAAGGAAUGGAAUGCAAUUCACUGAAGCACACAUUAUGGAUAUUGUCAAGACUUUGGCUUUUGUUGGAUUGUAUCAGCCUAUACCUAAGGUCUUAAAUUACUUACCGUCAGAAAUUCUGAAGUCACCGUCAAUUACUCCGUUGAUGCAAAGUGUAACUACUCUACUGGUAUUCCAAAAUCAUCCGCUAGCUGCGUUGGAAAUAUAUAAAUGUUUGCCUUUACCCUCCUUUGGACCGAAGGAUGACCAGGGCUUGCACGGCAGGAGUUUGGUUCGAGAUUGUGUCAAAGCUUCCAUGCCGUCAAGCAUAAUAGGUCUUGUAACUCAAGAGCUAAUGUCUUCAGGCCGCAAUCCGAUAGCCUUACAGAAUGCUUGUGAAGCUGCCUUACAGCUGGGCAAGGUCCCUCUAGCUCUGGACUUAAUGACUAGAAUGAAACAACUUGGAAUUACGCUCCGAGCACAUUAUUUCUGGCCCAUUUUACUACAUAGCUCGAAGUCCUAUGGCGAGAAAGGUAUAAUGAACACUCUAACAACAAUGGUGCAGAUGGACGUCAAACCAGACUACGACACGAUACUGGAAUAUACCUUACCCUACGUCAGCUUCAAUUCCCCACAGAAUUUGAUGAAGAAGUUCAUAGAAACUGGACUAACAGUAUCGAAUGUAUUGACACCGAUGAUGCAAACGUUGUUGAACACAGGGCAAGUUAGAGCGGCUAGUGAAUUGUGUGAACUAUUCCAAGGUAAAGUGGAUACAGAGAAACUGUUAAAACCUCUUUUAAAAGGCUACCUGAUCAGUACCGAUGUGACGGCCACUGUACAUAUCCUGGAAGAUGUAUCAACCAGGUCUAUAGAAAAGAACAAGGACUGGGUCGGUCGGUUCCUAUGCAAGUUCAUGGUACAUCCGAAAGUGAAGAGCGAUAUCAGUGAUGUAUUGAAUUUGUUGAAGGGUCUAGAAAAGAGUUCGUUAAAAGUAUCAACGGUGGCUGCAGAUUUCUGCUUGUCCCGUUAUCCUGAUAAGUUCGGGGUGCACGUAGGAGAUCAAUUUCGGGAUAAAAUAAUCGCAGUGACAGACGAACGACUUCUAGAUGACGGUGAUAUAUUCGACCAACAGUUGCCGCACCCGAAACAAAUGAACGAAGAGGACUUGCGCGCUCACCUGUCAGAGUUGGAAGCCAAGGGCAUGAACACGAGAGGUACUCUCAGGAAGCUACUGCAACAGUACUGUAGGGACGGGAACCUACACGCUGCCAGGGAGAUUGCUGCUAAAUGUCAGAAGGAAGGGGUAUUCCUAUCAGCUGGUAUGAAGGCAGCAAUAUUCGAUCUUCACGUCAAACUCGGGGAGCUGGACCUCGCAGAGUUGGCACUAGCGGACCUCAACAAGUCCUCGCCUAACUUCACACUCGACGAGUACAAAGUUAUAGACUUUGCUACUCUCAUGGUAUAUAGAAAGAAGAUUAGCCAAGCAUUCGAUUUGAUCACUCAGCAGUCUAAAAAGAGAAACGUAAUAGGUGGUCGCGGUAUAGCAAUGAACUGUUGGCGACUGCUCGACGCGACGGCCGCCCACGGCUCCCACAUAGAAGUUAGGAAGAUGUUCGACCUACUCGUCGAUAACAAAUACUGCAAGCCUAGUAAUGUCAUGCUGGGGCCACUAAUACGAGUGCAUUUAAAAAAUGAUAACCUACAAGAAGCAGUCAAUGAGUAUAUAGCAUUAGCGAACAAAUACAACAAAACUCCAUUAAAACACGAGUUGCUAUGUAAAAUACUACAAAACAUGAGUGACGGCCAAUCAGAAGAGAACUUCUUGACCAAUGAGAAGUCUAAUGUAAGACUGAACAAGUUGGCUCAGAUCGUACUGAACAUUGAUAAGAAGAUUCAUGGUCCGGGUGAUGUACAGUUAACAAUAAUAGCAGCAUUAGCAGAAGUUGGCUACAAGAAGACCUUACGUAAAAUAUUCCUCGACCCUACAAUAAAGAUACACCCGGACGCCAUAUUGCGACGCUGCGAGCGAUUCGCUGAUGAAAAGAAAGUCAACGCUUUGGAGGUCAUCGCCGAGUGCGGGAAGGAUUUGAGACGAGUCGACGUUAUAGAGCUGUAUGAUCUAAUACUGGAUGUUCAUCAACGCGAAGACAACUGCACAGAAGCAUUGGCGUUAUGGACGAGAAUGCAAGAACAAGAUAUAACACCAUCACAGAAAUUUGUACAUACAUUAAUAACUAUGAUAAAAGCGAACAAUAGAGACGUUCCAGUUGGACUAGCCAUGUUACUAAAUAAAGAAAAGAAGAAUGCUUUGAAAGACUGA